AGAGAGGGGCUAAGUGGCCAGAAGUUUGGCCUCAGAGGUUACAAAAGGCCCCAUAUUGGUUAAACGAUGCCGAGGGUGAUAACUAUCAACUCAAAAUUUUGCAGCGGAUAGUGUUUCGUUGGAAAAACGCUGUAUAUGAGCUUAAAGUUAUGGGUGUUGACUGGCCAAACGUGAGAAAUGCCAUGGACAUGAGAGCUACAUAUGGAGGAUUUGCAGCAGCAUUAAAGGAUCUUCCUCUAUGGGUAUUUAAUGUGGUAAAUGUAGAUGCUGUAGAUACACUUCCAAUCAUUUAUGAGCGAGGCCUUGUAGGAAUGUACCAUGAUUGGUGUGAAUCCUUCAGCACAUAUCCACGAACUUAUGAUCUAUUGCACGCCGAUAGUCUUUUCUCAAAUCUAAAAACUAGGUGCAAACUGAUUCCUGUUAUAGCGGAGGUGGACAGAAUACUUAGACCGGGAGGUCAUUUGACUGUCCGGGAUGAACUUAGUGUCAUUGAUGAAGUGGAGAAUUUGAUAAAAUCUCUAAACUGGGAAAUAACCUCAAAAACUUCCAAAAACCAAGAGGGCUUGCUCUGUGCAAAGAAAAGCUUUUGGAGACCCGAUUCAUAA